AAGGUUAAUUUAUUGCCUAUUCGUCUCUAUGUUGACCAGGAUGCACUGGAUUUUUUGGUCAAUUACUUUACAUUCGACAAGCUUAAGCUGAGAUCCACCCCUUUUACUAAUGCUACAAUCCCAAAACCGGCACCUGAAGAUGAAGACGAUGAAGACGAAGCAAAUCCAGUGUUCUUUCAAUAUGUCGAGAUAUUCCCUAUUGUCCUAAAGGUGGAUUAUAAGCCAAAAUAUAUAAAUUACGGCAAUAUAAAAGAAGGUCAAUUUGCUGAACUUAUCAAUCUUUUCCAUCUUGAUGGCGCUGAAAUGUCUCUCAAUCAUGUCAAACUUACCGGCAUUGCUGGAAUCGAGCGAGUUUUUGAGAAGCUUGGUCAAGAAUGGCUACCUCAUAUCAAGAAUACGCAAGUUCCCAAUAUGGUCUCUGGCGUAGCACCAAUUCGUUCGAUUGUGAACCUAAGUAGUGGGGUUGCUGAUCUUGUACUCUUGCCUCUUCAACAAUACCGUAAAGAUGGUAGAAUUAUUAAAGGUAGCAUUCAAAAAGGCACACAUUCGUUUGCACGUGCCACAGCUAUUGAAGCCAUCAACCUUAGUGCUCGUUUCGCCUCUGGAACUCAAGUAAUUCUAGAACACGCCGAUGGAUUU